AUGGCUGCCCCCUUAGUUGGCGAGAUGGAGCCUGCAGCCGCAGAAUCGGUGUAUUUCAAUGAAUACCCUCCUCCCAAGGCUUUACCAAAGCAUGAAGCCCUCGCACGCGCAUUCAUCCAACUCCACGUGGAGGCCAACCGCCGUGUAGUCCUCGUCACAUCCGGAGGAACCACCGUCCCCCUGGAAGCGCAGACCGUCCGAUUCAUCGACAAUUUCUCUGCCGGAACCCGCGGUGCGACAUCCGCCGAGUACUUCCUGGAACAAGGGUACGCCGUGAUCUUCCUGCACCGCCAGUACAGUCUCCUCCCGUACUCCCGGCACUACAGCCACUCGACGAACUGUUUCCUGGACUUCAUGGACGAGGCGCCUCCCUCUGCCGACUCAGCGGAAUCCGGGCACGGCUCCAUCAUGGUCCGCGACGAGUACCAGGACCAGAUGCGCAGCGUCCUGCGCAAGUACAGGUACGCGAAACAGAACAACCGCCUUCUGCUGCUGCCAUUCACGACAGUCUCCGAGUAUAUGUUUGAGUUGCGAUCGAUGGCGAAGAUCAUGCGACCCAUUGGUUCGAAUGCGCUGUUCUAUCUAGCUGCCGCCGUGAGUGAUUUCUUCAUUCCCCGCAGCCGGAUGGCCGAACAUAAGAUCCAAUCUUCGGAACUCCCGGCCCAUCUGCAAGGUCAGGCAACUGGUGCAGAUGAUAUCUACACGGGCGAGAACGAGGAGCAGCCCUCUAAUCGCAAGAAGCUGGUUGUCAACCUCGAUCCCGUCCCGAAGUUCCUGCACCGGUUGGUGGAUGGCUGGGCGCCCGAGGGGAGCAUGGUGGUUUCCUUUAAAUUGGAGACAGAUCCCUCCUUGCUUGUGUACAAGGCGCGCACUGCGCUCCAACGCUACUCCCACCACUUGGUGAUUGGAAAUUUGCUUUCGACCCGUAAGUGGGAGGUUGUCUUUAUUACUCCCGAUGAGCCGCAUGAGCGCUGGAUCCGGGUUCCCAAGUCCAAGCGCAGCAAGAGUAUUUCUGGGGUUGAGGAUCAGGUUGGAUUGGCAGAAGCGAAGAAGGGGAAUGCUGUACCCCUUGAUCAAGUUGAGACUGACCAGAUGUCGGAUGCGAGUCGGGAUGGGAUUGAAAUUGAGAGUAUUAUCAUUCCUGAGUUGAUCAAGCUACAUACGAAGAUGGCUGAAAAGAGUUCUUAG